AUGGAAGCCAGCAUGGAUUUUCUAUAUCACACAGGAAUCCAAGCCACACACUUUCUGCAAACAAAAUACCCAGGAUCGCAGGACUGGUUCCUCUUUGUUUCUUUUGCUGCUGACCUCCGAAACACUUUCUUUGUCCUGUUCCCUAUUUGGUUCCAUCUCUACGAAGCAGUGGGAAUCAAGCUCAUCUGGGUGGCUGUGAUUGGUGACUGGCUAAACCUCGUAUUUAAGUGGAUCCUUUUUGGACAAAGACCCUACUGGUGGGUACAUGAGACCAAUUUCUAUCAAAAUACUUCUGUCCCUGAAAUCCAGCAGUUCCCAGUUACCUGUGAAACCGGCCCAGGGAGUCCUUCUGGCCAUGCAAUGGGUUCAGCUGGUGUGUAUUAUGUGAUAGUUACAGCCAUUCUCUCUAUCACCCGUGGAAGAAAAUGUCCAUCAUGGAAACAUCGCUUUUUGCAAGCCGUGCUUUGGGCUGCUUUUUGGACCAUCCAAGUCUGUGUCUGUCUCUCUCGUGUCUUCCUGGCAGCUCAUUUUCCACACCAAGUUAUUGCUGGUGUCUUCUCAGGUAUAUUGGUGGCUGAAUCUUUCCAAUACAUCACUUCUAUCUAUGAUCCCAGCCUGCGGAAAUAUAUAGCUACCACCCUUUUCCUCUUCUCUUUUGCUCUGGGUUUCUACCUGCUGCUCAAAGUAUUUGGUGUGGACCUCCUAUGGACUUUGGAGAAGGCCAAGACAUGGUGUGAGCAUCCAGAAUGGGUACAUCUGGACACUACCCCCUUUGCUGGCCUCUUGCGCAACAUGGGAAUCCUCUUUGGACUGGGACUUGCCCUUAAUUCCCCAAUGUACAUGGAGAGCUGCAAAAGUAAACGAGGACAGCAGUUAAACUUUCGACUGGGCAGCAUCGGUAUCUCACUUCUUAUCCUGCAUCUGUUUGAUUUCUUCAAGCCUCCAGCCAAGGUGGAGCUUCUCUUCUACCUGUUUUCUUUUUGCAAAAGUGCUGCUGUGCCCUUGGCAGUGGCUGCCCUAAUCCCCUAUUGUGUCACACAAUUGCUCAGGCCACAGGACAAGAAAACACUGUAG